UGUAAGACACUAGCAGGCAUAAGCAACCCCUACCUAGGAGCUUUGAGACCCCGCCGUGCAAGGGGAACGCGUAGUACUUGGAAUUAAUCCGUCGCUUGGCCGGCGGCCAAAAAUGAGGCCUCAGAAGGCGCCGAGUUGACAUACAUUGAGCACACUGCAGGCCCAGUGCAGGGCCCUCACGCCAUCGAGCAGACCAUGCGCCGCGCCCUCGCCCUCGCGGCCGUCGUCGUAAGCGCGCGCCAGGACCACCUCUGCGCCGAGGACGUGUGCUUCUACCACGUCCCCAAAACGGGCGGCGACUCGUUCAAGUAUCUGUUACGAGACGAGCUAGAUUAGCCAUGUACGUCGGACAGCAGCACGGCAAGUACGGCCUCGCGACGCGCGACAGGGUCUACGCGGAAUGCCGCGACGCGGCCAACGCCACUUGUCAGGUUUAUGACCCGCGCGACAUGGAUCACAAGUGCGGCUUCGCGACGAUACAUAGGAGCGCGAUUUUUUGCUUCAAGCCGGGCGGCGACAGUCCGUACCGCAAGGGGUUCUACGACGCGAUGCUCGCCGGGUGCAUUCCCGUGAUCUUUUCGUUACAGAACGAGCUGGUCGCUCCAUGGUUCGUGCCCAGGGGCGUGGCCGUCCGGCUCUCCGAGAGAAAGUAUGGAAAUGGUACGUUCAAGGCGCUCGACGUUCUUAGGAGGAUCCCGUCCGAAGAAAUCGCGCGGCGCCAGUCUAUAAUACGGAAGCACGGCCACCGCCUCCAGUACGCCGUCGACGAUCUUGGCGAGGAGCCGGACGCGGUCGAGACGCUGUUUGUGGGGGCGCUCGGGCUGGCGCACGACCUCGCGGCGCUUUAUGAGGUGUAGUUCCCCUCAUCCUCGCCUCGCCGCGGCGGCUAGCAAGAGGACCACUCCUAAAACCCCCAG